AAAAAACCUAACAAAUUGUACACACACCGCCUCUACCAUGAAAAAAUGGAGCCCUGGGAAGAAUCCCUCGACGUAGACGACUCCGAUCUCCACCCUCUCACCGUCCUCCGCCGUUGCGCCACCACCACCACCACCACCGCAUCUCAACCUCAAACUCUAGACUCCUCACCGUCGCCAUCACAAACCGUCAACACUCAUCCUCAAACCCUAACCCUAGCUUCCGCACAACAUCCUCAAUCACCAUCGUCAUCGCAAUCACCACCGCAAUCUCGCACAAUUCCAGGUCCUGCCGGAAUAGUUCAGGCCGCUAAGCUCCGUAAAUCUCGCGACAGCGUGAAUCCGAUGGCUACACAGGAGUAUAUACGGAAAGUUGUUGAAGAUCCCGAGGAGGAUGAGGAUUUUAAGCGCAAUCCGUGGCUUUCUGCGGUUGAAUUUGUUCAUGCUGAUGGUGUGUUCAGUUCUGCUUCAAAUUUGGGUGAAAUAAACAAGUGUCAGAGAAAUGGCAAACUUGAUCAGGUUGUUGCUGUUAUCAAGUCCUGUACUCCUAAUGGGCUUGGUGAUAUGACGGUAACGCUAAAAGAUCCUACAGGUACAGUUUCUGGUACUAUUCAUCACAAAGUUCUUACAGAGGGAGACUUGAGAAAGGGUACUUGUGUAGGGUCUGUUCUUAUACUCCACAAGGUUUCUGUAUUUUCUCCUUCGCGAUCAACUUAUUAUCUUAACAUUACGAAGAGGAAUUUGGUAAAGGUAUUCUACAAGGAUGGUGGAUCUUCAGAAAAACAGACAUUUCAAGAAGCCAUAGAUAUAACUCCUCAUUAUGAGGAUUCUGAGCUGGUGACGCCAACGUUGGGCAGUGCGUUUUAUAUUGAGCGUCGAACAGAAGGAAUAACAAGUAGAAUGAAAAGAAGCAAUACCAAUAAUGAACAAGAAACCAUGAGUUACACAAACACAACUGACAAAUACACAAACAUGGAGAUUGCAAGAGACAACCAACCGACAAUCAACAACCAUACCCAGAUUUCAAGAGACAAAGAAACCCUAAAAGAAGCAAAUGUUAUAGUGAAUGUUGGACAGCUUAAUGAAGGUCACACAAAUGUAUUCGGCUGGACAGACGAACAGAUACAAGAACUCUCAGAUUGGGAUGAUAUCUAGCUCUUAAAUGGAUCUCGGUAAAACUUUUUACGGUUCUCUUGAACAAUAAUCCCUUCAAAAAUGGCGUUUGGGGUCAUGACAUAGAUUUUGUUUUACAAUUUCUUUUGUUACUUAACUAAUUGGUGACAAUUUAAGUCAUCAACAUACCGACCCUCUAGAUCUGCUGAUGUAAACGAAUCUUACGCAUGGGGCACUUCUUUGAGCAGAUAAAGCUCAAGUCUAGUUCUAUUAAUAGGGAUUUUUGGUCUUUUCAACCCGA